AUGUGGAGGCGCACGUACUUGUUGUUGUUAUUGGUGCGGCUAUGGUUCGCCCUGUCGCCAAGCUAUCUACAUCCUGACGAAAAUUUCCAAGGCCCUGAAGUGAUUGCCGGCGAAAUAUUCAGCUAUCCGGUACGGCGGACAUGGGAAUUCACGAGCGAACAUCCCAUCCGUAGCGUCUUUCCUCUGUGGCCCGUCUACGGACUGCCCAUGCUGCUCCUGAGGUGGCUAUGGAUCGGCAACGGCAAGGACGGCGAUGUACCACCCAUUGCCGUCUUCUGGACUCUGAGGGUCCUCAUGUUCAUUCUCAGCUUUGUGCUUGAGGACUGGGCUGUUCACGAGCUUGUGCAGUCUGCGCGACACCGCCGCAUCGCCAUGCUGUUAGUUGCAUCAUCCUACGUCACCUGGACUUUCCAGACACACACAUUUUCCAACUCCAUCGAGACACUCGCUGUCGCCUGGAGUUUGGUCUUGAUAGAGCGUAUUUUGGACACUUCUUCACAACAAACGUCUUCGCUUCUUGCGCCGACUGUACUCGGCGUGGUCGCCGUCUUCGGUAUUUUUAAUAGGAUCACAUUUCCAGCCUUUUUGUUGAUCCCUGGGUUUCGGUUGAUACCGCAUUUCUGGAACAAGCCUGUGUCUUUUGUCGUCUUGGUAGCGUCAGCUACCGCAACCGUGAUCGUGGCCAUUUCGCUAGAUACCUCGUUUUAUAUACCGUAUUCUAUCAACUGGUCUGAUCUGUUGCGCAAUCCGGUUGUGACGCCCUGGAACAAUCUGAGAUACAACAUGUCUCCGGCCAACCUGGCCCAGCAUGGACUCCACCCGUGGUAUCAGCACAUGUUGGUCAACAUACCGAUGCUUCUCGGACCUGCGGCUGGAUUGCUGUUUUUCCAGCCGCACUUGUCGCUUCGGCUUUAUUCCGCCGUGUCGGGCCUGUUUGUGCUAUCUGUGUUUCAACAUCAGGAAGCACGUUUUUUACUUCCAACAAUCCCCUUGAUCUUGUCGUCGGUUCAACUGCCACAGAACACCAAGAUACUCAAAAUCUGGGUGGGCGCCUGGAUUGCGUUCAACGUGGCGCUAUCGUUGCUCAUGGGGGUCUAUCACCAAGGAGGGAUCGUGCCCGGUCAGGUUUUUCUGAGCAAGCAGCCCGACGCAACUCAGGCCAUAUGGUGGAAGACAUACAUGCCACCUAUCUGGCUUCUGAACGGAAAGAACGAGGUGUUGCGGACACGGGAUGUAAUGGAUUUGGAUGGGGCCAAGCUCCUUGAGGAGCUCGAAAGGCUGGCAACAUGCGAUACGCCGGCAGAUCGGAGGAACAAGGAAUACCUGAAGGAGCCAAAUGGUACCUACCUGGUGGCGCCGUUAUCGGCGACAUGGCUCGAUUCUUACCUACCAAACAAAGGACUGGACGGCUUACGGUUCCGGGAGGUGUGGCGGCACAAACAACAUCUGAAUCUUGAUGACUUGGACUGGGCAGAGGACGGGUUCUGGCCGACACUGAAGAGAGUAAUAGGCAGACGGGGCCUCGCGGCUUGGAGGGUGACAAAGACGUGUAGGUAG